AUGCAUGUUCCUGGACGGUCGUACGAGAGCGGGGUCCUGUCGGAUAUUGCAGUCGAAGGACUUUUUGUCCUCAAGGACAAAUCCGGAAAGGCUUUUUGGACUAAUGCUGGCUCAUCUGGUAUCAUUUCGUUUGUUAUAGCGUACAAGGGCGUAAAUGAGGAUAUCUACGACGAUGAAAGGGACCAAGCGCCUCCAUUGGCGGACGUGGUUGUACCAAUAGCGAGCUACAAGCUUAGCAUCCUUCGUGGAUAUAUUUGUACGAAUAGGGAGUUCGGUCAGGACAGGCUCUACAAGAUGACAGAUGACGCCCUUGAGUAA